AUGUUAAAUGUAGUUUUUCAUUUUAAAAUCAAGUAUAUAUAUUAGUUAAUUUUAGAAUUAUUAAUAAUGAAAUCCUUUAUUCGAUUUUAUUCUAAUAAUAAAGUUAAAAUCAAUUGGAAAAUUAUCAUAUUUUGCUUUUAAUAGGUGAAGGCUCUUUUGGAUAAGUUUAUAAGGGAAGACUGAAAAAGAGUAAUUAGAUCGCUGCUCUCAAAUUUAUUAGCAAGAUAGGAAAGUUAGAAAAAUGA